ACUACUACUCCACAUCAACGACGAGUGGACAGAGCAAUAUAUAAAUCAAAGGUAUUAUAUUAGCCAUAUUGACGAAAUAAGCCGUAGCAUAGCACAAAAGGAUUUAGAGAAAUUUCUCUUGGGAAAAGCAUAAGAACGAAAGUCGCUAUCAUUUUGGCCGCCGGGAAGGCCCAUCUCGCGCCAUCGCCUACCGCUCUUGUAGCCUCUCGCUUGGGGAGGAUGGAUGCGGAGGCAGCCUCUCCGUCUCUCUCCUCCACGGUGGCAGGGCCCUCCACACUGUGGCGUCUCGCUGAGCGGAGGAGUAGGAAGGAUGGCUCAGGGAACAUCUUUGGCGGGGUGAACCUACGUCAGCUGCAGAGGCUGUUCACGGUAGCUGGGGACCAGGAUGCAGAGCAGAGGGCCGAGCUGGUGUGGGGCCACGGGGACGAGGCUGAGCUGGCCCAGGCCCUGAUAGGACUGAGGGCGAGGGGCCGACGGAGAGGACUCAGGGUGGCGGGGCGAGACACACUGGGGUCGCGCUGGCUCCGGGCGUUUAAUCAACUGAGGAUUGGUAAGAGUUCAGAGAGUAGCCAACAGAGCAAAGAGCAGUCAUCAGACAGCAAGACGGAGGCAAGAGCAAAACACAGCAGCCCAGACACACAGCCACUGACUCCUAAGGGCCCCAGAGGCGCUACAGGAGUCAGAGACGACCUAACUGAGGGCCAAGGGCCUGCAGGGGCCUCUGAGAGACCAGCCAGACCAGGAGCUCUACUGAAGAAAGGAGGGGAGAGCGACCCGGAGAGGUACCUCCACCGCAUCCUCCACUGACGGACACACAGAGGACUACGAUGACUUUGUUGCCCCUAGAUGCUGAUCUUGGAUCAGUUUUUUCCCUUCCCUGCUAAUCAUUGUGUGUAUUAGGUGAUGGUAAAUUGAUUCUAAAUCUGUGGAUGGGGACAACUUCUAUGUGGAGUACUGACCAACCCUAGUUCAGAGAGGGACAGAGUCAAAGAUACUAUAUUUUUAUCUCUGUCCAACCAAGAUCAGAUGAAUGAAGAACAAACUGGAUCUACAAGAUGGGGAACACUUUGAUAUGAUAUUCUAACAUUUCAUUCUCUCUCAGGAACUGGCUUAUCUGUUCUUCUGUUUGUCUCUGAUGAGCAUCACGUAUUAAACCUUGGAUUCAUACAAAGGAUUAAGGAAAGAGGUUUUGACUGUGUGGGGAUAUAGCAGAGCACUUCAGGAGAGCUCAAUUCCACCUGGACUUGUUUUUGAAUGAAGUAUUUGUCAUUUUAUUCUCCAAAUUAGACAAAUGUGCCAAGGUGCAUCCACAAAAAGAAAGUAACGGGAAAUGAGUUGACGUCAACUGGAAAGGAGAUAUUUUGAAGAAGUCAACAUUUCGACCAGGGGUGUGAAACUCAUUUCAUACAGGGCCAAGUGUCUGCUGGUAUCGUUAUUUCCUUUUCAAUGUGUAAGAACAGAAACAGCAGGGGUUUAAACUUUAGAACCCAGUUCCUACAUUUGAAUAUAGAAAUAGUUUUGUUUAAUAAAAUCAAUGCUACAUUUUAUCUCUGGGACCCUCAGGAUGAUAAACCAGAGCAAGAUUACUGAAUGUAAAUACAUUCAACUCUGAAGGUAAUCAUGUAUCAAACCAAGUGCUGUGAUGAAAGUUGGAUGUUACUUACAUCAUUCUAGUCACAUUAGCAACAACCGUCCCGGCAUAGGGACACCGAUCCCAUAGAGGUUUUAAAGAGCCAGAUGCACAAUUAAAGGGGAAUUACACUCAAAUCAAUUUGUUUCCUUCCAGACCAAAAAUUAAUGGUAUUCUGAUGUGAUUUAAGCACUGACAUGGACUCAGAACAUCCAAUUUUGUUGUUUCUCUAAAACAAUUUGUAAUUGUGAGUGAAAUUCAAAACAGGAAAAAUAAAACUCAACAAUUUUUGGGGGGAAAAUCUAUGUUAUAGGACCCCCACCCCUUAGUUGUUUUAUUAACCAUUCUUUUACCAGGUAUAUUGACAGAACACUGCACUACUUUCUCUUGUACACUAAGGACCCGAGGAAGAGUUUCAGGGGAGAGGAGAAGAAUGUUCCUAUUCGAAAGCUAGAUAAAAAUUAGUAGCUCGUAACUUUAAAUAAAAUAAAAAAAUUGUUCUCAUGCUAGAAAAGGUUGGCUAUAACUAGGGUAAAAUUCUGGGCCCUAGAUGUAGCCUGUAACUAGGACACAUUUUCUUGGUCAGGUGACAGGAAAAACUCAUGAACCAACUCAUACCUCGUCAAUGUACAAGGAAAGAGAAACCUGGGAAAAAAUGUAUCACUUCAAUAUGUUAAUGUUGCCUAAACUUUAAUUUGACACUACAGUAUAUGGUCUUACACACAUACGGUAACGGAACUUAAAUUCAUUGAAUAAAUAAAAAAUAAAAAUAUAUAUAUCUACAGUUGAAGUUUACAUACACCUUAGCCAAAUGCAUUUUAACUCAGUUUUUCAC